AUGAACACCUCAACCUCGACAUCUCAGACGCAGCCGGUUCAGGCCACGUUUUCAAGUGAGUUUGUCAACAAAGAUAUCGCAACCAAUGAUGGCAACGCAUACGAGAAAACUUCCGCAGACGCGCCUUUACAACCACACGUCGAUAGAAGCACUCAAGACAUCACAGAUGCUCCCAACGAUGCUGACUCAUACAUCUCCGGGGAGUUCCUCGCCAAGUUCUCCUCAACCAUGAAAGACAUUCUGAGAGAGAUGUCUUCACCUCUCCGUCCGCCACCUCCCAGCCUUCUCUCUCGUUCUUCAAAAUCGUCACAGGCAGGCACUGUGGAAGAUUCGACAGAAUCAUCAUCGUAUUCUUUCUGUGGAUCGAAUGUCUCAAGCGAGGCAGAUGACGCCAGUCAUUGUUCUAUCAAAAACGCCGCGACUGCCCACGCCGUCUCCGCGGACUCUGCUGACAAUUUGAUCGAUAGGCUCGCGUUCGAACUUCAAGGACAGCAUACAGAGCUGCAAAUAUUGGCACAGAGUAUGCAACAGAGAAGGGAGAUGAUCUUGACCUGGUUGGACAACAUCUUGUUCACCGCACGAAGUGACCCUGGUAAGUUGACGGCGGAGAUUGAGGAUUGUGUCACGGCAAUGUCUGAGUGGGAUUCAACUGCAGCAACGAAUAACCGAGAGGCCGAGGUCAAGCGUCUGCUGAACCAUGUGGAACAACUCAGACGCAGUGGAGUUUGA